UUUCUUAUAGUUAUCUAUGAUCUGUGCAGUCAACAAGCAUCAUGGCGGAGCCCACGGUGCGAAUGUCUGGGAUUGUGUUAGCUUCAUUAAUGUUCCAUCAUGUUAACAGUGACUCAGACGUGGUGAGAAAGACUUUAUUGUCAUAUUUUAAUUAAACUCUUAUUUUAUCAAAGGACAGACCUGGACGGUUAGCUUAAAUGAUUCAAUUUGGAGGGAAAGCUAGCACCAGAAAAUCUGCCCCUGACGAUAUUAUCAAACUUUUAAGUUUAUCACUCGUUUUUAAACUGUUUAAUUGUGAUGUUUUUCCUCUGUAGUUUUAGAUGUUGCUGAGAUGACUGUGAGCAGAGUGUGAAAAAGGCACGCAAACGUUUUUUUUUUGUGCAACUUUUUAACACCAAACUAAGCAUUAACGUUCUUCAUGCCAGAGCCUGUUGAAAAGAAAAUACAUAUUUAUCUAUCAGCUGAUUUAUUUUUUAUUUUUUUUUAAAUUCAAAGAGUAUUUGAUUUAUUUGACAACUUUUUUAAACUAAUACAGAUUUGCUUGUAAAUUCGGCAUUUAUUCAAAUCUAGUAAAUGACUGAAAUAUAAGUUUAUUUUCAACAAACAAAACUGGCGCCCAGUUACUGCCCACCGUCGAUUUACUGGGAAAGAUAGGCCACAAUAUUAGACUAAAAUAGCAGAAAUGUUAAUGUAAUGCACACAGAACCGAAGUACAGCUGAAAAUAUAUGAACAGUUAUUUUGCUGUUUCUUUUUUUUUUUUUUUUUUUUUUAUAAAAGUCCCAGAAGGGUUAGAAAGAGGGAGAAUAUGCACAUCAUAACCUGGUAAUAUCAUAUAAGUAAUGUUAUAGAAUAAUAAUAAAAAAUGAUAAACUUUAAUUUGUCUUUGUUAGGCGCUUUAGACUAAAUUCCACAUCAUCAUUUUUUUCUUUUUGCAUUUUGCCCAGUUUCUCUGUAAUUCACCUUGAACCAAAGGUAGUUAUCAGUAACUAUCAGUAAAUGUUCCCACAAGAUAAUUACAUUUACACGCAUGACAACAGAUUAUGCACAAAGUUUUAACUUGUUCCCAAAAGAAAACCUGUACUUACAAGUUAAUACUGUAUAUUUUAUACCUCGUUAAAUGACUGCAUUUUUAGAUAUUCCAUUUAUCUUGCGGCUUGUGUCUGUAUGAUUUAAUUUAACACUUAUCUUUUUAUACCCAGAGAUCAAAUCAAACACUGACAGAUCCUGCUCUUCAAAUAAUUACUCAAAAAAUUAUGUAAAACCUUAAAAUUCCUAGAGUUUAAGGUUAUUUUCCUGCCAGUGUGCUGAUUUCAUGAAUUUUUUGACGCACAGAGGAAAUAUUAUCUUAAUUUAUAAGGUUUGGAUGUUUAAUCUGUAUAUCAUCAUGUCACAGGAGGGUUUGGUUCUUGGAGAGAGCAGAUUUGAAGAGCAGAUCACCAUCAGUGACUCUCAGGCCGAUCACAUCCACAUUGAGGAAACAUACAGUGAGUUUAUUACAGUUUUAUUCACCAUUAUUUUUACAGUGUUAUAAACCAUUAUUUUUUACAGUGUUAUUAACCAUUAUCUUAGAUUCAUAGUCAUUAUUAUUACACUGUUAUAAUUACUACUAUAGUGAUAUUAAUCAUUAUUAAAGUGUUAUAAACAUAGACUGUAUGGACAACUUGGUUCCGCCUACCACAUGUAUAGGGAUUUGAAGCCAAAUAGCUCUCGAUAUUUCCGGGAUUUUUCUUCAUUUCCUGAAACCAGCGCUGCACAGUAGCGAUGCGCACAUUCGGCCGCGCAGUCGCAGAGAGUCACUGUGGUGACGCUUGGCUCAAACAGUGUAUCCCCCCGGGUGAGCUACGCAAUCCCUGAACGCCCAUAGGCUGUAUCAGGUGUCAAUCAUAGAAAACAUGAACCCCCUAAUAACUUUUAAAAACGGAGCUUCACAGAAAAAAGAGGACUUGAGCACAAACCAGUCUUACAAUAACUACAUGUCAACAUCACAAGCAGGGGGGAGAAAAAUUUAUUUUCUGUGUAAUAUUCCGUAAUAACCGUAAUAUAAAUUUCUAAAGUUUGUCCACAGCCCCAUAAACUUUGCUGGCAGAGGUGGGAUUUAUGACCUCUACUGCAGCCCAUCAACAGAGGGUGCUGUUCUCGGAGUGGGUUCACCCAGCUCGGAGGCACACUCUGUCCUUUCUUUAUACAGUCUAUGGUUAUAAGUCAUUAUAACACAGUUAUAAAAAUCAUUAUUAUAGUGUUACUAAUCAUUAUAACACUGUUAUAAUCAUUAUUAUAGUGUUAUUAACUAUUAUACCUCUGUGAUAAUCAUUAAUAUAGUGUUAUUAACCAUUUAAACACUGUUAUAAUCAUUAUUAUAGUGUUAUUAACCAUUUUAACACUGUUUCCAUCAUUUUUUUGUGUUAUUUAUCAUUAUAACACUUUUAGAACUAUUAUAACACUGUUAUAAUGAUUAUUAUAGUGUUAUUAAUCAUUAUAACAUGGUAACAAUCAUCAUUAUUAUUGUGUUAUUAAUCAUUAUAACACUGUUUUACAGCAAUCAUUAUAACACAAUCAUUAUUAUUAUAGUGUUAUUAACCAUGAAAGUGUCAUCAACCAUUAUUAUAGUGCUAUCAAUGUUAAACCCAUCCUGAUUACACGUAUUAUAAUCUGAUUUAUUGACUUUGUACUCAGACAUCCAGAAACACGUCUCCUGUCCAAAGCUAAGCCAGUGAGUCCUGCACAGACACUAUUGUAAAUAUACAACAUCUGACCUCCGUCACAGCUGUUUUUAUCCGUGUUGUACUGGAACAGUUUUUUUAUGCUGAUCUGUGUGUCUUCAGCGUCUAUAACAGUGUCGGGGAGGUGGACCUGGAGGCUGUGAAGCAGAUCCUAGCGGACAGUAAGCAGGUAAAACAUGAACACCUUCAGAUGAUUUCUGUUUGGGUCUGAGGUGACAUGUGUUGACGUCUUUCAGGCGAGCGUGAUCGGCUGGUACCGACAGCGCAGAAACACGGACCAACAGAUGACGUUCAGAGAGAGGAUCAUCCAUGAGAAGCUGAAGACAUCUCUGUCCAACCCACACAUGAUCUUUGUGCUGCUGACACCCGGGAAGAUGUCCUCCACGGGGUCCACAUACAGGACAGAGUAUGCCGCCUUCAUCUCACGCAGCAGGUUCAUUCAACAUCAUCGUCAUCAUCACAGGAGUUUUUUUAACCCUGUAGAAAUCAGCUAAAUUUAUGUCUAAUAUUGUGAUUUAAAUCGAGUCUGUUUUCUGUGAAGGCGGUUCCUCAACGUUCCAGUUCUGGUCAAUAAUCUGGGAUUACUGGAGCAGCUGGCGUACUGGAAGGUAUCUGCUCCGUGUUCUGCAGAGGGUUAUAACCUGACAAUGAAGAAACACAGGUAACAUCACACGCACUCUGAGGAGGAGGAGGAGGUUUACAACGCUGCGUCUCCGCUGGUCCGACUCUAUCCUUGUCUCUCCUGUUUCAGGUCAAAGUUCUUCUCGCCUGACGGUCAGCUCAGAGACGUCAGCGAGGUGAACAACAUGAACGAGUCUCUGCAGGAGGAGCUGCAGGUGAGGAGGAGCUGUGUGUAAAGACUGUGAUUUAUAACCUCCACACACACACACACACACACACACUCUGUAUCUGGGUCUGUUUGACAGAGAGCGUGCGGCGAGGUGGAGGAGAGCGAGCGGCUGGUGAAAACUCUGCAGGCCGAGGUUUCAGCUCUGAGGAGGAAACUGAAGGAGAAGAGGAGGAGCGGAGCAGAGACAGGUCAGGGUUCAACAAUGAGGUCUUUAAAUGUGUGUGUGUGUGUGUGUGUGUGUGUGUGUGUGUGUGUGUGUGUGUGUGUGUGUGUGUGUGUGUAAGAGAUGGGCUUCAUUAAAGAUGGUGAGUGUACGACAGAGAACAUGGAUCAGGGUUACAGCUCUUACUGUAUCAUGGAUCCACGCUCUAACCUCUGAACUUGCGGUAGACUCAGGUUUAAAGGUGUUUUUUAUUCUGGUUGUGUCACCAUCACGUAGGGCUGGGCGAUAAAACAAUAUUGACAUACACUGUGUGCACAAUUAUUAGGCAAGUUGUAUUUUUGAGGAUAAAUUUUAUUUUUGAACAACUGCAGUGCUCUCGGUCAAUCCAAAAUGUUAAUAAACCUCAAACCUUAAUAUUUAAGGGAGUAAAAGUGAGAUUUUGGCUUCCUUAGGAGAAUAUCUAUGUGUGCACAAUUAUUGGGGGCAGCUAUAGUGUGCAGAAUUAUUAUGCAACUAAAUUAAAAAUGAAAAAUUUUCCAUCUCACUUGUUUAUUUUCACUUGUUAAAGUGAGAAUGAUAAACAAACAACUCAAUUUACAAAUAAAAAUUGUUGAAAUAAAAAAAAAAAAAUCAGUGACCAAUGUAACUACCCUUCUUUUCAAUAACAGUCAUAAGCCUUCCAUUCAUGGAGUCUUUCAGUUUCUUGAUCUGUUGACCAUCAACUUUUAGUGUUGCAGCAACCAAAGCCUCCCAGACACUGUUCAGAGAGGUGUACUGUCUUCCUUCACUGUAAAUUUCCCGUUCAAGAAGGGCUCACAAGUUCUCAACAGGGUUUAGGUCAGGUGAAGAAGGAGGCCACGUCAUUAUUCUUUCGUUUUUAAGGCCUUUACUGGCAAGCCACAUUGUGGAGUACUUUGUUGCGUGCAAUGGAGCAUUGUCCUGCAUAAAAAUCAUGGUUUUCUUGAAAGAUGCAGACUUUUGCCUGUACCACUGCUUGAAGAAAGUGUCUUCUCAAAACUGGCAUUGGAUUUGGGAGUUGAUUUUAAGUCCAUCUUCAACUCAAAAAGGUCCAGCUAGCUCAUCUUUAAUAAUACCAGCCCAUACCAGUACCCCGCCUCCACCUUGCUGGUGUCUGAUUCGAAGUGGAGCUCUGUGCCCAUUACUGAUCCAGCCACGGGUCCAUCCAUCUGGUCCGUCAAGAGUCACUCUCAUCCCAUCAGUCCAUAAAACCUUUGAAGAAUCUCUCUUCAGAUAUUUCUUGGCCCAGUCUUGACGCUUCAACUUGUGUCUUGUUCAGUGGUGGUCGGGUUUCAGCCUUCCUUACCUUGGCCAUGUCUCUGAGCACUGAACACCUUGUACUUCUGGGCACUCCAGGUAGGUUGCAGUUCUGGAAUAUGAUGGCACCGGAGGAUAAGCGGUUCCUGGUAGCUUUACGUUUGUGUCCUCUCAAAUCUUUGGCAGUAAAUUUGCGUAAUUUUUUCUUAACACAUUUCUUGUGACCCUGUUGACUAUUUGCAUCAAAAUGUUUGCUGGUUCUGUGAUCACGCCCAAAUAUCUAAGCAAUUUCAAGAGUGCUGCAUCUCUCUGAAAGACUUUUUACAAUUUUUGACUUUUCAGAGUCACUUAAAUCUCUUUUUUGGCCCAUUUUCCCUGAGGAAAAGAAGCGGCCUAAUAAUUAUGCACACCUUGAUAUAGGGUUUUGAUCUCCUUAGGCCCCAGCCUCCCUCAUUACACUAAUACACAUUACCUGAUAUGCUUAUAUCCAAUAAGCAUCAAGUUUAUACAGCUUGGAGUUGGAAAAUAUGCAUAAAAAUUAUGAUAUGAUUAAAAUACUCACUUGCCUAAUAAUUGUGCACACAGUGUAUAUAUAUCAAAAAUUAAUUUCAUGGUCAAUAUGCUUUUCAAUAGUCUCCAUUCUGACAUGUUUUGGUAGACUAUACAAAGGGCUGGGACGAUAUGUUUUCUCCCGAUUCGAUUCCUCUACGAUUUUUUGGAUGCCCGUUCGAUUUAAAUUUCGAUUCUACGAUAUUGUUGAGUUUCUCGAUCUUAAGUUUGCAUUUUUAACACCAGUGAACAGUCGAAUGAUUAUGAUUGUCAACUGAUUAUUCCGGGAACAAUAUUUCCCCAAAAAAUACACAACACAUGUAAGUCAGUUUUUAAGAUUUAUUCUUAAAUUUGAAAAAAUAUAUAUUUUUGAACAUAGAAAUGGAUUUAAAAAUUGUAAAACAAAAAGAUCACAAUACGUAAAUCGAUGUAAAUCGAUUUUUCCUCCCACCCCUAACAAAUAGCCAAUGCAAAGGGGAGUUGCUCCGGGUCCAUUUCGUCCUGAACCAAUCAUGUUCUGAAUUAGAACCAGGUAUCAAACAACUGCGUCAUAGCUGACAGCAGCUACACCCAACCAUAGCGCUUUAACAGGUGAAGCCGACAGCACUGUUGGUGAGAAAAAAAGAAAAUGAGUGCUACCCCCGACAGAAAUGACCAUGAAGGCUCAACAGAUGAUGACAUUGUCAACAACACUGGCACGAAAACGUCGGUGGUGUGGAGGUAUUUUGGUUUUAUGAGGUACUGAAAAUUAUGUCCAGUACAUGUUCUCACAAAGUCGGGGAGUACCUCAAAACUUUUUUACCACCUGAAGCAGCGCCACGCCACAGAGCACGUGCAACGCAAAAGGUUACAAACCCCGAGAGGAGCAAGGAGCCCAUGGCGCCUGUACAGCCGAAACAGACGACCAUUCAGUCCGCUUUCUCUAGAGCAAUGCCUUACGACAAAUGUCAAAGAGACACAAAGACCUCACAGAUGCAGUAGAUUAUUGUAUUGGAAAAGACAUGCGACCAAUAAACACUGUUAAAUUUUAUUUUUUAUAUCUUGAUAUAUAUCGAUAUCGACUGGUAUGAAAAUAAUAUAUCAUGAUAAACUUUUUCUCGUAUUGCUCAGCCCUACCAUAAGUCAAAUAUUCAGGUCUUUAGAUCCAUAAAUGAUCACAGCAGCACUAAAAUAACUCCUCAGGGCCCAGUUGGUGUUGGGACUGUUUGUCUGCUGAUGGCUCAGAGAGGAUUAGGAAGCUGAAGAGUUUAUUUUUCUGAACCGGUCGUGCGGUCUGCUCCGAGUCUGUUAAAGGUCAGACUCUGGUCACAGCAGCUGUGAGUGUAGCAGGGAUACAAGCAGCUGCUAAGUCACCAGGAUCGAGGUCUUUGUUAUGAUCCAGUUUUCUGUCCCUCAGCAGAACCAGUGGAUGAUCCGGCCAAGCAGAAGAAGAACCUGAGGCUCAAGGAGGUGGUCCGAGCUCUGUUCUCCAGCUCUCCUCUGUUUCUCUCUCAGACUUUAACCCUGGACGGGUUUCCUGUUCCUGAAGUCUGCUGCAGCCCUGAGCAGGAAAACCUGGACAGCUUCGAGAGAAACAGUCAGGAAACGCUUUCAGUGCCGCCGCUGCAGACCGGUAGGAAGAACGGCGUGAAGAAUGGCAUGAAGAGGCCGAGAGAACCGCUGCUGGGGAGGGAGAGGAAACGCCGGAAGAGCAGGUCCUGACAGGAUCCCUCAGUGUUAUGGACGACCGAGGCUAGAUAAGUCAUUUUGAUACAGUCUGAUAUCAGUCUUUUUGUUAUGUUACCAUGACGACUGUGGAGGUUAGUGUAAACACAGUCUCUUUUCAUGGUUUUUUUGUCAUUCACCUUCACUGUCAGUCGAUGCUGCUGUGAGUAUUUUCAGUGACAUUCAUAAGAGGAUGAUCAAUUUUGAUCCAGAGCAGGUUCACAUGAAAACUGACAGUUUUAUAUUUUAUUAGUGUAAAUAUAGAAUAAAAUAAAAGAAUAAAAGUCUUCUUUGCAAACAGA